ACGGAAUGUUUAGUGGACGAGCCAAGGGACACGUCAAUUCCCGGCGGUCAGGACAGCCUGAACUCGGAGACAACUAGGACAGUGCUUCCGGGCUACCCGAUCCAGCUUAUCAAGCGAUUUUGGAUCUUGGUCACAGCCGUUUCAGUUGCCGAGGUAUCGACGCCACGAUGGGCUAAUUUGAGGACGCUGCAGCGUGCAUGACGGGAAUUCUAACCUGGUGUUUACUUGGUAGUAAAUGCUUGCCUUGCCGCGGCGUGUAUAAGACUCCUCACUGUUCAACACCCACCAGUUGGAAGCUAUUCCUUCGGUCACAAUGAACCUCGGCUCUGUGUUUGCUAGUACUACGACUAGUACUACAACUGCAACUAGUGUUGGCCCGUACCACUAUGUCCCUACAGAGUGGAUCUGUAUCCUUUUCGUGGUGUUGUACAGUAUCUCAACUGUCCUCCACUUGGGCCAGGCGCUCAAGUAUAAACUGUGGUGGAUGAUUCCCACAGCGACCUUCGCGGGUAUCCUGGAAAUAUUAGGAUGGAGUGCCAGGUUAUGGUCGAGUCGGAACCCCAAGCUUUUGACGCCUUAUGAGAUGCAGAUCGUCGGCACUAUCAUAGCACCUACCCCGCUAGUUGCAGCCAAUUUUAUCAUCCUUGGCAGGAUCAUCGCUCAAGUUGGACCCCAGUAUAGCCGUCUGACUCCAAGGAAAUAUACCAUCAUUUUUUGCUGCUUUGAUAUCGCUUGCUUGGUUGUACAAGCUGUGGGAGGCGCAUCCGCUGCGCACUCCGCCAACACGAAGUCAAGCGCUUCGAUGGGCGCGAACAUUAUGCUAGGAGGAAUUGCUGCUCAGCUUUUUGCAAUAGUGGUCUAUGUCACUAUGGCAGUUGAGAUUCUCUUGCAUUUUAAACAUAAUGCACCCUUCCGCUACGUUGAACAGUCUCGCAUAUUUGAGAAAGGUUCACGUACCGUGAGUAAGAAGCUGCGACUUAUGCUUUGUGGCAUGGCAUUCUGCACCCUUUGCGUCUUCAUUCGAUCAGUGUAUCGUACUGUGGAGCUCGCCGAUGGAUGGGAUGGGCCAGUGAUUUCGACGGAACGUUACUUCGACUGGCUAGAUGGUGGCUUGGUAACUCUCGCUAUGUACACUCUCAAUUUCCUUCACCCAGGUAUCUUGCUGAAGGAGGACGACUCUACGGCUCAUGGUUCACAGCAAGGCACUGAUGAAGAAUCUAGUAGGACCUAGAUUUAAAACUUCGAUUGCUCUUGAAUUUUAUUACGAAGAGGCAAUGGACCGUCACAUUUACUAGUAGAGCAGCCGUCAGCAUAAUAGUUUGACGGUCAUAAUUUAUGACCAUAGAUGCCCAUGCAAU